AUGUGUCUUUCUUUGGAAAAAAAAAAGAUGAUCAUGAUUGAUACCUAAAAGCAAUAAAAACAGUAAAACAUGGAAGGGUGUAAAUAAGUAAAUCAUUUUAUAGGCACUGUAUAAGUCAAUGCAGAGGCUGUUCUGCUUCUGAAAAAAAAAAAAAAAAAGAACAGUCAAAGCAGAGUAUACUUGGAAAUGUAACUCAGCAGACACCAGGACCCAGUAGCCUCUGUGCCAUCACAUUUUCUUAUGGGAUAUUUGGUCAUACAAAAGUAAAAGUGGACAUUCCUGACUGCAACAAACAUGGAGAUGUACUAUUUUAUAAAAACUGCACUAGUUUUUGCGUUUGGUUUGUGUGUGCAGGGUAGCAAUGGCAUUUCAAAGCCAGGAACGUGCCCAAAAGUCUUCAAUACCUUUGUCCCGGCACAAUCGUGUUUCCAUGACGGAUGUUGUCCCGGAGAAGAAAAAUGUUGCUUGUAUACAGAGGGAUCUGUCUGUGCCCCUCCUAUUUUGAGUAAUCCAGAGUGUCCAGACCCACCAGGGAAGACUGGUGUGUGUGCUGAACUUUGCUACAGCGACAAAGAUUGCCUCUGCGGUGAAUUAUGCUGCUCCAAUGGAUGCGGGCACGAGUGCAUAUCUACAACCCCGGAUAAGCCAGGUAUCUGCGGUUCUCCGUGGUAUUUUGUCUGGUGUGGGGACAGAUGCCAGCAAGAUGCUGAUUGCUCAGGACAUCUGAAGUGCUGUCCCACCCUUUGGGGCCAUGUUUGCCAAGAGCCGUACCUGUCACCCUGGCAUUGAGCUGGACGGUUUCAAUUGAAUUCAUUCUUUGAACAAAUACACUAAUAAAUUUAAUGUUUGAGUUGUAUGUUGUUGUUUUUUUCCAUCUCUUUGUUUUAAAUGCUCGAUUCUUAAAUACAGGUACAUUAGAUAGUUCUGCUGUGCUAAAUAACUGAAUAAUUAUAUCUACAUGCAUACACCAUAAUAAAAAAAAUGGUGUGUCAGGACCAUCUUCUACUACAAUUUCUCCUACUGGAAGAAGUGUUGUCUAGAGCCUCAAGACCUUUGACCUUUUUGACCCUUUGAAAAUGGAUAACAUCAGAUUCUGUGUAUGCUACGCAAUAGUAAUACUGUAAGUAGAUUCUAUUCUGCAAAGUGAAAUUAAACAACCAUAUUUUUAAUACUUUAUUAACUGCUUGUGACCAUAUUUAACAUGCACUGCUUGGAUGACACUUAUCGGACACACCUGUUCAAUACAUAUAGCAAAUCACAUAAUAUCAACUACAAUAACAAAUGAAAUAAUCAAUAAAAUGUAAUACACACACACACAUAUAUAUAUAUAUAUAUAUAUAUAUAUACAGUGCUCACAAUGAGAAGA